AUGAGUACGACUACCAAUUCCCGAUGGAACCCGUUCCGACGUCAUGUUGUAAACCCCGUAGCAGAAGAGACACCGCUAGCUGCUCCCAUCAUGGCAGCACCCAAAUCAAAAAUUUGGGAGACGACUGUAGAGCGAGUGAAAAGCUGGCCUGAGGAAGCCAGGCCUUUGAAAAAGCAUACAUGGUUAACAUUCUUGUACGGUCUUGGAGACUUCCUCUUGGUGUUAUUACCGAUAUAUUUUAUCCUCCUAGGAGUUGCAGUCAUCACACUCAAUGGAAAGCCCACAAAAGGAUCUGACUUCGGAAAGAAAGUGGAAUUCGCCAUGGGUUUGGGUCCCACCAUGUUUCCAAUCGUAUUUGCGGCAAUCAGUGGGAGAAGCAUGAAGAUGAUAGCCCGGUUCCUUGCUGAGAAAGGCUCUAGGAUCAGCACUCUAGAACUACUAAUGGCUAGUCAGUCCGUAUGGGGAACAGUGGAGAGUCAACUGAACAUGCAGCGUGUAACCCUUGUUGGUGUCAACCUCUUGUUUCUGUGGGCCUUAUCUCCACUCGGAGGCCAAGCAUCUCUCAGACUCAUGACAAGACAGAACCUGGACAGCUUCGCCGAUACCAAGCUACGGUACCUCACAACCGGUCCGGGAGGAAGUAUGUGGGGCUUGUCCUCAACAUAUGUCGGCAGUGGGAGGUUCGCUGAUGCCGGAGCCUUAUACUCUGCAGCCUUGCUAGCGCCCCUGGAGACCAAAAUAGGCCCAAGAGACCCGUGGAACAAUGUUAAAAUUCCCAACAUCGACUAUAUUAACAGCACUCAUGCAGAUACAGAAGGCUGGAUAACAGUACCUGCUAUACAACAGCCAGAGACUUAUUCUGCACUCGUUGGGCUUCCAAUAGUUGGACUUCCACAAACAAGGCGAUCAAACUUCACAAUGGAAUCGACUUACCUAACAGUAGAGUGCGGCCGCUUCAACCAAACACCAUACCCGGGGCUUAAUAACAGUACGAAUAUGUCCAGGACUAACUUUACUAAAUUGGACGAGCUUGUUCCCGGUCAAGUGUGGAGUAACAAGUCUUUGGCCAAUCCGUUCAAGCCAGCCGAAGGCAGAUCUUCGUCAUUCUUCAUCGACACAAAUCUCGGAUCACCCUGGGAUACUGAAGAUCCUAUGUAUGAGACACUAAUUGGACGACUCGAUGCUUUCUUUGGCAAUUACAACAAGACUCGACUUAGUAGCAAGCAGGCACAAGAAGCAAGAGAGAUCUCAUUCACAUCAGUCUAUGCUACAAGCGUAGAUGGUAAUGUAUUCGGUUUGAACAUGGCGCGCUGUACCUUGGCACAAAGCCAUGUUGAGGCGAUGGUUGAGUGCACUGGUAAGGAAUGCGUAACCAAGAAAGUCAGAAAAUCUCUGUCGGAUUCGCGGCCUUCAACUUAUACGGCAUUCGAGCAUGGAGUCAUCAUGGCAGGCUUUGCACAGCAAUUUCCGCUUGCAGUAGCUUAUAGUGCUGGAUCAAGUCCGACUGAGCGAUAUCUUGCCAACAGCUCCGCUUUUCCCUUCGUACAGCAGGCCGGCCACGUUACACAAGACAUCAUGUAUACCAACCUGUCCUUGGUCGAUCCAGGGCUUUUCUCCCGACGGUUGAGUUCCGCUAUAAAUACCUACUAUCAGCUUACAAUACAACCAACGGGAUACUUCGGAAGCCUAUCAAGCAACUUGUCGCUAUACGGUCCGGAUACACUCCCUGUUAACGACGUUGAUAAGUACCUACCAAGCGACUUACCAGCUACGAACAGCUCCUUCUUUGACUGGUGGCCGAAAUUCGAUGCAGUAGCACAGAAUAGUCAGUCUCCCUUCAUAGGCGCAACGACUACUGCAACAGUUACGACCACGGAGGAGAUCUUUGUUGGCGAAGUGGCAUGGUUGUCACUGCUCAUGGUGUCUUCGUCUGUGAUUUUAAUCACUGGUAUCGCAGCACUGGUUCUCAAGCAACGCACACUUGGACCUGAGCUAUUUGGUUUUGUCUCAAGUAUGACAUAUGAAAACCCAUGGGUGAAAAUUCCAAGUGGCGGGACCAUGCUGGACGCCAUGGAAAGAGCAAGACUUUUGGGAGAUGUUCAGGUGCACAUUGCUGACGUACGCGGCAACGAUGAUGUGGGCCAUAUCGCCUUUGCCGCCGGCGUACCCCUUCGCAAACUAGAACGAGGGCGCCUCUAUUGCUGA